AUGUCACAAACAGCACGCGAAGAGCAUCGCACGUGGGAUGAGAUGCUGCCGGAAAUCACAUUAGCCAUUAACACGGCAAAAUCAGAUUCCACAAAAUACACUCCAGCCUAUCUAGUACAAGGACGAGAGCUGAAACUCCCAGCUAACUCGUUUGACGAAUGUACGCCAGGAACAGGAAAUCCACAAGUAACUCCCGCCGGGAAAGCCGAAAAAUUGCAGCGAGUUUUCAAAAUUGUCCAAAAUAACCUGCAACAAGCUGCAACCAAUCAAGCGAAGUAUUAUAACUUGCGUCGUCGAAAUUGGAAGCCGCGGAUAAAUCAGUUAGUGUGGGUUAGACAACAUCCCCUCUCAAACGCCAAAAACGAUUUUUCAGCAAAACUUGCACCGAAAUUCAACGGACCAUUCAAAGUACAAAAAUUUAUAUCUCCCGUAAUAGUAGAGCUUAGCACAGAAAAUUCAGCAAAAUUAACUAAGGCGCAUAUUGCCGACCUUAGGGUGCACUACGGUUGUACUUAA